GGAGACCUGAAUGGAGAGGUGAGGAGGAUUCUGGGAAUAUCAUUUGAUGUGACUAUUUGUGUUCAGAUGUAGAGUUUUCCUCCUGUGAAGUCUGGAGAUCAUAUGACAUCACAUUGCCUCCACCUCCCUCCCUGAUAGAAGAGAGAAAGAGGAAGAAGAUUCUAGAAGUCACCAGAGAGAUCACUGAGCUGCUGACAGGAGAGGUUCCUAUAAGGUGUCAGGGUGUCACUGUCUAUUUCUCCAUGGAGGAGUGGGAGUAUUUAGAAGGACACAAGGAUCUCUACAAGGACGUCAUGAUGGACAAUCAGCCGCCCCUCACAUCACCGGAUGGAUCCAGUCAUGGGAACCCACCAGAGAGAUGUCCCCAUCCUCUGUAUUCCCGGGAUUCCACACAGGAAGGUCACACCAUCCCUCACCAUCAUCAGAGUGGAAUCCUCGGGGAUGAAAUAAUAUUGAUGUUAAAGAAGAGUAUAAAGAGGAGGAUGAGAGUAUGGAGUGAUGGAGGAGUUUUUCAGAAG